GAAGAAUAUCGCAUGUCAAUAAGCUCCGUUCCGAGUUUGGGAGUGGUGAGUGGAACUUCCAUGUCAGCUAAAAUUCGGCCUAACUCCAUAAUAGGAGCCGACUACGAUCUUCAGACAUGCGGUCCUGGUGAUUUAGAUCCUCAUGCUGUUGCGUCUGUGUUUAAAGCCUUCUUACGCGAGCUCCCCGAACCGAUAUUAACCCGGAAUAAGUUACAUCUGUUCGAUGCGGCUUUUGAAAAGGCCAAGGAUGGUGGAUUUAUGUUCGCGUCCACACCAGGAGGUUCUCUACAUCGUACUGCGUCCUCACAGGGAACCUUGCUCUCAUCUCCCUCUUACCCUUCGAACAUUUCGUCGUCCAAUUUAACGGGUAAUGGAGAAGGUUCUAUUCCUUCUUCCAGUACAGGAGAACUCUCCGAUUCGGCAAUUACCCCACAACAGGCCCUAGGCUCAUUGAUCGAAGACUUUUGUGCACUC